UCGCAUGCUCCUCUGUAUGGUAUAUGCCUAAGCCAUCUGCACAUAACAUGAAGAGGUAAGUGGCUGAUUUGUGCUGUCCCCAAGAUGUACUGAUGUAAAUGUUCUCUGUUGUGUUAUAUUUUGGAGGACAAUAUGCAAAUCCCCAGGUCUAUUCAUUACUUUUGGGCCAAGCGGAAGAAGUCAGAAUGGAAAAUGCUUCAGCAAGCACUUGACAAUUAAUUACAGUGUUUCUUUGUGUAGGAUUUUACUAUUUCCGCUGCCAUUUCUGCUUCUUGUAACAGUUGUCACCUCUGCAACAAUUAAAGACAGGGGUGAUGAGUUUCUUAGCUUUUUAAAUGGUGCCUUUGCCAUGAACCACCCUUCGGUCCACAACCCAGAGGAAUUGACAGGUCCAGAGGACGCACCUGAAGCCUCCGAAGCACCUGCAGAUGUUCUCACAGAAGUGUGCACAACUCCAAGUCCGGAAGAUGACUUCGUUGACUCCACUCCAGAAAAGAACGUUCUGACAGACAUUAUUGAGGCAAUGUCCAAAGAAAGCAGCAACUCUGUUGAGACAACGGAUCCAAGAGAACUGGACAUAUCCGCAGAGAGCAGAGAGGACAGUAGUUCCAGGAGACCAGGGAGAAGGAGCAGACCCAAAGAGCCGCCUGCACGCCAAGAAAACAACUCAGCUGACAGUGCUGAUAACAGUGCUGAUGUGACGGAGGUGCCAGUGAAGAAGGAGGUGGUUGAAGACAGGCGUCCUGCAACACGGCCAGCCCCAGUGGUGGAUCCAGAUGUUAGCAGCCAGGAGCUGGACGUGCCAGUGGACAAGAAGGGCGUGGGCGUGGUGCCCGGGCACAGCGGCAAAGACAAGAAGCCCGCAGACCACGCUGGACCUCCGAGACCAAACCCAAGAGUAGCCGCAGCGCCACUCACCGUAGUCCUGGACAGCGCUGAGACAGUGGACGCUCCUGGCCGCCCAGACCUGUACGCAGACAGCGAGGAAGUCGCGAUGACUCAGCGAAGACGGGCAGGGAGAGCCAACCCGCGCGCCGGCAGCCAGGGGGAGGCAGCAGGGGCCAGAGGCGGCCCAGAGGCAGUGGACGUAUCAGGCAGACAGGCCCCGGGCACUACAGGCCAGCAGCACCCAGGCACUCAGAGGAGGAGAGCAGUGCACAUGGACCUCCCUCUGAGCGGGACGCUGGUGCUGGACAGAGACAGCGCUGAGACCAGAGAGCUGCUGGACUCACAGGCCCUGGACGCUGGGAGCAGGGAGGUCAUCGUGGCCCAGGUCAGCGUGGCCCAGGUCAGGAGCCCGAGAGCGAGAAGCGGCCAGCUCUCGGCCAUCACCGGCGCUGCCGAGGGGGAGAACCGGGAGCGGACGAGCCCGUGCGGACUGUGCGCGACGGGAGAGGUGACCACAGGUGUCCCUGCUGCAGCUGACAACACCACCACGGUCCGUCAUCUGGACGCUGAAGCGGACAGUGCCGAGGAGACCACAGCGCUGCAGCAUCAGAGCAGUCCAGCUGGUCCAGUCCUGAGCAGCACGACGGCAGACACGACCGCAGAUGAUCUGGACAGCGUGGAGAGCCUGAGGGCCAACAGUAGUGAGAGAUUUGAGAACUAUGCUGAUAUUUUUGGAAAUACCUUGUAGGUUUGUCCAGCGCUCAUUGAUUCCAGUGUAUUUCCUUGUAUUACUGAGUCACGGUAAUAUUUCUGAAUUUGUGUUGUUUUUAGUGACCUCGAAUAAAUCUUC